GAAGGAGGCGCAGGCUCUACAACCAAUCAGAAAGGCUCUUCUCUUUUAUUUUUUGUUGCAGAACUGAGAACUGACAGUUGAAGGUGUCAGUGCAGUGGCUUAAACGUCACGCGUUUUCAAUGGCUGGAAUGGCUAAAGCAAGGAUAAACCCCUUCUCGCCAGCGUUUGUUUACAUUAGGUGGUACCUAAUCAUAACAACUUCACGCAUCUACGCCGGUCGAAACCCUUGAGUUUCAAAAAAGAUACGACGAUUAUAUUGGCCCAAGCCCUUAUAUUUGACUUGUAGCAUCGUACAGGUUUAUGCUCAUUUAUGUUAUAGCCACGCGCUUUCAUCGAUGGCUACGACGGAUCUAAAAUUACCGGACAGGUCAUCUGGUAGCGAACGGCUCUCACAAGAUCACCCCCAACAAGAUCUCUCUUCAACAUUCAUGUGGCUUAAGCGCACUGAAUCAGAGGCGCUAGAAUCGGAACACAUUAGCGAUUUCCCAGACGAUUUUGCCAUAGAUGUUAGCAGUACUAUAUCCAAUAGAUCCAGUAGAUCCGGAUCAUCCAGUAAAUCCAACGCAACAUAUUCGCAGAGCCCUGAUUACCGAAUCACUGUCCUCCCUUACAACAACAUCAGAUACUUGAUAGACCAGAUAGUUCCAGAUAAGAUUGAAGCACAAUAUGUCAGACAUAUAUUCAACUCGACGGAGCUGCUGCAUGUCCCUGCAGAUAUAAUGACGAGAUAUCGGGAAUAUCGAGAGACUUUAAACAACAUGCCACCUUCAGACAUAAUAUUCGACUCGUUAGUACAAGUUAUGAAUCUCAAAACUAUGAACUGGAUCGACAACACCCGGAAAUUAACCUACUAUUCCAAACAACGAUUUCGCAAUCUCCUUUUGCCACCAGAAGCGGGCAAGUAUACGUUGCACCCUCGUGUACCCGAUAUCUUGUACGGCUAUAAUGUUGACGCUAUAGAUGACAUACCCCCAUUCCGCGGGGACGUACCCGACUAUAGCUAUAAGAAGUUUAAAAGCACAUCUGACCCCGAACACAACGUUUAUUUCCCAUACUUGGUCGUACAAACAGGAACCAAUAUGUUUGCAGUGGAAAAUGAGUGCAUUGCCAAUGGCCGUGUCAUGCUCGAUAUGACGUGGCCAGUACUUGAUGACCAAGAUGCAGUAUAUCUCGUCGCUAUAACGCCAAGGUUUGUAAGCAUCCUCAUUAUGUGGAAAGAGGAAAUAUCAGAGUCUUCGAAUACCAACCUUUCAGAAGAUCCAAUGGAUAUUGAUAAAGUUCGGCGUCCUCAAUACAAUGUAACAUUUGUUGAGAGCUAUGACUUGCAAGUUAUCUCUGCUUUUACAUAUUUCCAAUCAACACUUGGUCGCAUCCAUCUUUGGGCUCGAGAGGAUAGGCUGAAGCGAAUUAUAGCUGGCCUUCAGCAAUGGAAAACCAAUGGUCAACCCCAACACCCGUUUUCACCGAUUGGACGUAAUACUGUGAUACUAGGAGAGGAGGCUGAACAUUGAAGUAGAGAAGUGAUACCAGAAGAGGCGGUUUAGCAAUUCCGCUUUGGAGCUGACAAAAGGACGGGACGGCGGCAGCCUUGACGCUGUCACGGCAGUCCUCCUCGUGCGACUCGGUGCAAGGCGCAGCGAGAGCGACGAAACAAAAUUAAAGCACAAGGGCUUCAUUUUGACUCUCGUAUUUCCGGGCUCGGUCUGUUGUGGGUUGAAGUUGGUAGACGUGGCAGUCUGGAGGUUUGCAACGUCCAAAGGAAUGCGGAAAUGCGAGUUGGGACGUUGGGAGGCGAGCCCUCUAAUCAAAUCAGGCGGUGUAUUUGUGAUAUGAGGCAGGAAAAAUUGGUAAAACCCUUAGGUAUAUCAUAAGGAGCACUAAGAAAUGGGUGAAAGAAACGACAAAAGAGCUAGAAUCUUGUCAAGGUAUAAGUGGCUUAGUGGUGUAUUCAGGGGUGGCCUCUUAUUUACAGUAGAACGUGUACCGAAUUGGUGGGCUUGAUUCCUGGUGCUUAAGGAUUCCAUGCGCGAACACCUCGUGGGUGUGGCACCUAUUUACGCGCGAUAUUAAAUCAAGGGUGCAGAUUUAAAUACUCAUUCUAGUCAUACGAAUAUCUUCCCGCCAUAAUAUAUUAUAUCCCGUC